AUGGCGAACAACAACAGUGUGGCAACUCGACCGCCCUUGUUCCUUCUGGUCAAAAGUUCUCCGCAUGUCUUCAACUCUUUUGUCGCUUUGUCUGUUUUAAAUAUUAUCCUUUCCAUCUCUGCUACUCUUGGAAAUACGUUGAUAUUUAUUGCGCUACGACGAGAAUCCUGCUUUCAUCCGCCUUCGCGCCUAUUGAUACUCAAUUUGGCGAUCACAGAUUUGUGCGUCGGUCUCAUCUCUCAGCCACUGGCAGCGCUGCAUUCGAUCUCUAUUUUCACUGACCAUUUGCCUAUCUACCAAUUCACCGUGGAAGUGGCGUACAUCACAAGUGCAGUUCUAAGCGGAGUGUCUCUCUUUAUUCUAACCUUCAUCAGUGUGGACAGAUUACUCGCCUUGUCGCUCAGAAUGCGAUACCGACAAACUGUGACUGCCCCACGGGUCCGAAGAUUUGUGAUAUUUUUCUGGGUGGUAAAUAUCGCAAAUGGCUUUGCGCGAUUCUUGAGGAAUAGAUAUCUCUUCUAUCUUGUUUGUCUCAUGGGUAUAUUUACUUGUGUUAUUAUUUCCACGUUUUGCUAUGCAAAAAUUUGCCACACACUCUGUGCGCAGCAGGCAAAAAUCCAGAAUGUUUUAAACCAGGGACUUGAAAAUAAAAACCCUCCAAUGAACAUGGCGCGGUACAAGAAAACCGUAUCGAGCGCGCUUUGGGUUCAUUUAACACUACUGAUCUGUUAUCUGCCGUACAGUAUAGUGUCAGGGUUGAAGGCUGUUACUGGUGAUGUCUGGCCUGUCGCCGAGGGAUUCACGGCCACCUUAAUCUUCUUCAAUUCAUCUCUGAACCCAGUGCUUUAUUAUUGGCGCAUCAGAGAAGUCAGGCAUGCUGUGAAGAAAACGAUCAGGCAAUAUCGAUAUCGCAGCGAGCAAACAAGUGAUACUGGUUUAGAAUGAGGACAAGUUUAUGGAAACUGACACCUUGAAAAUCGGGUUGCGUGAAAAAAAGCACGAAAUUGCUGCGGGAAAGCAGUUAACGCCAAAUUUUUGAAGAUCAAUUACGAUUUAGUAAGCUUAAGUCAAUAGUAGGCCGAGAGAAAGUCCUUGUGCAGUGGCACCUUGGCUGUGAUGUAUAGUCAUAAAGCCAUUUAGGCUGAAAGGGAAUUAAACUGACGUCAGAGAAAGCUAGCUAGUUAAAAAAUCUGCUUGGUUUUGAAGAACCUUACUUACUGAGUCGGUUAUAGAUGGUUAUAAAAGUUGCAAUUAGUUCAAACUAAAAAGGAAAAAACAUCAUGGAAAAGAGCAUAUAAAUGUAGUGUGUAUAUAUUUAUAUCCAUUUAAUUUGUAAAUAUGUAUGACGGAAAAAUUCUUAGUAUCAAUGAAAAU